UGCUCGCGUUUAGUUUGAAGUCUGCUCUGAACGAAGUAGCGUAUGUUUAACAGCAUUUCAACCGUGACCAUCUCGUCGUGUAUUCAAAAAUGGUAGUGCUUUGGACGAGGUGUAUUAUGCGAAGCCUUCCCUUUUUAAGAUGUAUGUGUGGUUCGAGCGUCAUUUAGAUAUAGAUCAAUCACAGACAACCCGCGACCCACAGGUCGCAGGAAUCUCCGAACGGUACGCCAACCAAAAAGUUAGCAUCACUAGUUUUUAAUACUGUGACCUGUUUGAUAAAGAGCCAUGUCACAUGCGACUGACUUUUCGAAAAAUGUUACCCAUGCUUACAUAUAUAUAUUUUAGAACGUGCCAGCACGAAGUGCAGAGACUUCAACCGUUCACCUCGUAACACAGAGACAGGUAAAAAUAAAAAUAAAAAAAGAGUCAAAACUACUGAAAAGACGCAACGAAAUUUUAGAAAAAUAAAGGAGGAAAUACGUGGAAAUUUUUACCGGUGAAUGUGUUAAAUUAUAAGGCACCAAAAGAGAAUGACAAAAGUAGAUAUGGGAAAAAGGAAGAAACUGCUGUCCACAAUGAAACACCUGGAAUAAAACCAACCCCUAAGCUCCAAAUCGUCAACCAAAUCCCAACACUUAAAGACUGAAAUAUACCACUUUACCUUAUCUUCAUCACGUUUGUAAAAUGCCGGACGUGAAGAUAGAUUUUAUUUCCUUUCCAACAUCAUCAAGUUAUUCGAAUGAAUCUAGAAACAUCGAAAGAGGGAAUUGCAAUACAAAACAAUCUGGGUCAAAGACCGAUUACUUACCAAACUGGAUUCGAUCCUUCAGCAACCAGACGGAGUUCAUGAAAAACUGUACUUUACACGGAGUUCGUUAUCUUUCAUUAAGCAAUACUUUUAUCAUUAGAAAACUUCUGUGGUUGCUGUUGGUGCUACUCUGCUUGGGCUCAAUGUCUUACCAAAUCAUUGACCGUAUAAUCUACUACUACAACUAUCCAGUCAGUGUGAACGUUCACGUCAACUACAACAGGACAUUAAUAUUCCCCUCAGUAACAAUAUGUAACGAAAAUGCUUUCCGAGCCACCAAAGCAGUAGAACUUGGACGGUAUGAAUUACUCGAAUAUAUUUACCAUGACAUGAGAUAUGUAAAUUCGUCAGAACUGGAGAGAUUUGGCUAUAACAACAUGACAAUGGAGGAACUGUUCAAAUCUAUCGAACACCAGAAAGAAGACAUGAUUAUUUCAUGUAUGUGGGGAUCAGAACCAUGUAGUUUCAAGAACUUUAAACAAACUUAUACGGACCACGGUGUAUGUUACACUUACAGCCAACUACAAGCCGGAAACAAAUACCAGAAGGCACUUUCGACAGGAGCUGAUCAUGGUUUACGUCUAAUCUUGAAUGUUGAGCAAUAUGAAUAUAUGCCGGGACCUAACAAUGCUGCCGGUAUCAAAAUAUUGAUGCACAACGAAGACGAGUUUCCCAAAGUCCAUGAACUUGGUUUGGCAAUCCCGACCGGAUCGCAUGCGUUUGUAGGCUUGAAGCUGGUUUCCUUCAAAACAAAAAGUGUGAAGAAAUAUAAGAAAUAA